AUGUCUGUAGAAACUGCGAAUCACGAAUUUAUGAAACUUUGUGUUAUGCUACAGUCGGAAGAAAAGAAACGACGUGUGCAAGGUUUGAAAGAAAUUCUACGAAUUUUAGAAUCACCACAACCUGAAAGUGAAAUUUUUAAAUUGUGGGAUGCUGUAAACAAAUCUUUAUUGAGAAUUUUAACCGAUUCUGCAGAAAUUUGUCGUGAUCAAGCUUUAGAAGUUCUGAAAUUAUUUAUAGUUAAUUUAACGCCUAAUGAUAAGUAUAUUAUGUAUUUACUUCCAAUUUUAUCGAGACGAUUAGGUACUCAAGAACUAAUAGAAAGUUCAGAAGAAGUUAGACUAAAAUGCGUUAUAUUAUUAAAACUAUUAAUAGUAAAAUACAAUAACUUGUUAACACCAUAUGUCGACGACUUAAUAAAAAUAUUAAUACGCACUGUAACAGAUAAUUACCCACUAGUUAAAAGAGAAAGUUGUAGUUGUGUAUCUGAAUUUGCUAAGAAUAUAUCAAGACAUUUUUAUACUCAUUCUGGAAAACUUGUAAAACCAAUUUUGAGUGAUUUUACACACCAACAUUAUAGAGUCAGAAUCGCAUCUAUUAUAUCAAUAGGAGAUUUGAUUCAAUAUGGAGAUAGUAAAUGCAUAGAAAAUGUGGCUACUCCUUUAGCUGAAAAAUUAUUUGAUCAAAAUGGGCUUGUUAGAGCAGCUGUAAUAGAAAUAGCAGGUUGCUGGCUUUUGAAUCUAAGAGACCGGUAUAGUUGGUGGCACAAAAUUCUACCACUGCUUUUAACAGGACUUCAUGACGAGUUACAAGAAAUUAGAGAGAAAGCUGCAAAUUUUUGGAAUGAUGUAGGUCAAUUAUAUAUAAAAGAGAAUCAGAAUGAUGAAAAGUUGAAAGAUAAAAUGGAUUUUCUUACAGAGGAUCCUCAUCACUAUCCUAAUGUUCCGAGGCCAAAUUUAGGAUGUCGCGUAAUAGCACAGCAAACUUUCAGUAAAUUAAUUAAUGGAAUUAGUUUAGAAUUAGGAGACUGGAUGGCAGAUAUACGAGUAAGAUCUGCACAAUUACUUUGUGUAUUUAUAUUAAAUAUAGAAAACGAUGUAACACAACACAUUGAAAAACUUCUGCCACCUAUGUAUCGAGCAUGUAAUAACGAAGAUAAUAGGGUCGUAGAAAACAUAGAAAGGGCAGCAGAAUAUUUAGGAUAUUUUGUGCAUCCGAAAACCUACUGCCAUUUGAUAAUUCCUACUCUUGAAGAAUCUCCAUCAGUAGGUCAUUUGAAAGUUUUCUCUGCAAUUUUAAAGAGUAGUGAACACAGCACACUUCUUCCUUUUUUGGAAGACAUUGGGAAAUUCUUGCAACAACCGCAUAUCUGUCAAAGUAAAAAAGCAGCAUACCAACUACAAAUACUUUCUUGUUGCUAUUCUUUGAUCUUAGUAUGCAAAGAGGACUGCAAGCUUAUAUCAAAGUAUUUAUUCAUAGUAAUAUUUACUAUUCUAUCAAUGACAAAAGAACAUACCACAAAAUUAAGAGCAAAAGAACUAUUAAAUACUCUUGCACAUAUCAACUCCUUUGAAAAUGUAGAGAAACUCUACUGUGAAUAUAUUAAGGAGUUCGCUUUAUUACUUUCUGAUUGCAAUUCGUGGUCAGUCCAUAGUCCCGAGUCUCAAAUUUUCUGUGCAUGUUUAAUUUAUGUCAAAACAAUUCUCAAUCUUCAUGCGGAUAUUAUUUUACCAAUUUUGAAGCAAACUAUGGCCAACAAUGCUGACCCUGAAUUGAAACUCAAACAUUUUAUUUUGUUGUCGGAGUACUUUAAUCAAGAAUCUAUACACGAAAUUAUAGAUCCAAAGUUCUCUAAUCAGUUUUUGGAAGAUUUUAUACUGCCUGGAUUAAUUUGGACAGCAGGAAGAACUGCUGAAGCUGUACGCACUGCUGCAGUGGCCUGCCUGUGUGCUUUUUUAGAAAGACAUAAAAAGAACCUUUUGGUGGAAAAAACUCAAUACUCUUCAGAACAGAAUAUUCAUUCAGAAUUAGAUAAAAUAAUUCCUACUCUGAUUAGUCUUGCAGAUGACAAUUCUAAAAAGAGUAGACUGUAUUCUUUACGAGCCAUAUAUUUAAUAAUGUGUGUCAGAAAAAGAUUCUGUAAUGUCACUGAAGAAUUUGUACAUAGAAUGUAUCCUGUACUUUUAAAAAGACUCGAUGAUGGAUGUGAUGAUGUGAGAUUAGCGUCUUUAGAAGCUCUAGUAAAAGUUUUGAAUUUUAUACCUAAGGAUUAUAAUCUACAUUUUAAUAAAGCACAUAUAGAUACAAUAUAUACUACAACUAUAAUAUAUUUAGAUGAUCCAGAGAGUGAAUUUCAAAAUGUUAUGCUAGACAGUUUAAAGGAAUUAGCAAAAGUGCAUCCAGAACUAUUGUAUGAGAAGCUUCAAAACUGUAAAUCAAAUUUUAGAAAUCAAAAGGGUAUAAAUAUACUAUUGGAACAUUGUCAAUGCAUUUUAAGAAAUGAUUCAAAUCUAUAA